AUUUACAUGCAGGCCCGAUUCCACGCUCAGCUCCGCGCGCCCGUCCGAGCUGUCAUCACUUCACCGGGAGCAGCGAAGGGCAUCCGGGAGGAGAGCCGCUCACACCGCCCGCUCACCGCCAGCCGCCGUGCAGGUUCCCCACCGUCUGCGAGUCGAGCAGUGGACAGACGGCUCUGGACAGUGGACCGGUCCUGUCAGUGUUUCCUGUUGUGCGGUGGAACCGGAGGACUUUGUUUCCUGUCGUUGAGGAUUUCAGACUCACCACCACAGAGUGUGUGUGUGUGUGUGAGACACUUUAAGGACUGCUGAUGCAUCGUUUAAGGACUUGUGCAGCGCGGCUGCGGCCGCUCACCGCCUCUCAGGCGGCUCAGACUGUUGGCCAGCAGCGGCCACUCACAGUCGCCGGUGUCGGCGGCACAAGGACGUUUCAGCCAAUCAGGUGCUACACAGCACCGGUGGCCUCAGAACCAUUUCUGAAUGGGACGAGCUCCAACUACGUGGAGGAGAUGUACUUCGCCUGGCUGGAGAACCCCAAGAGUGUGCACAAGUCAUGGGAUGUGUUUUUCCGUAACGCUAACGCUGGCGCUCCUCCAGGCUCGGCCUACCAGAGUCCUCUGGCUAUGUCUCCAGCAGGGGGCGUCGCUGUGCCCCAGUUCUCCUCAAUGGUUGCAGCUCAGCCCAAUGUGGAGAAACUGGUGGAGGAUCAUCUGGCGGUCCAGUCUCUCAUCAGGGCCUACCAGAUUCGAGGGCACCAUGUGGCCCAGUUGGACCCUCUCGGCAUCAUGGACGCCGAUCUGGACUCAUGCGUCCCCACUGACAUUAUCACUUCCUCCGACAAGCUGGAUGUGGCUGUAUUCAAGGAGAGGCUGAGAGUCCUGACGGUGGGAGGCUUCUACGGGCUGGAGGAGUCGGACCUGGACAAGGUGUUCCGUCUGCCCACCACCACCUUCAUCGGAGGCUCGGAGAGCGCGCUGCCGCUGAAGGAGAUCAUACGCCGACUGGAGAUGGCGUACUGCCAGCACAUCGGAGUGGAGUUCAUGUUCAUCAACGACCUGGAGCAGUGCCAGUGGAUCAGACAGAAGUUUGAGACGCCAGGAGUCAUGCAGUUCACCCUGGAGGAGAAGAGAACCCUGCUGGCCCGCAUGGUCCGCUCCACCAGGUUUGAGGAGUUCCUGCAGAGGAAGUGGUCGUCGGAGAAGCGUUUUGGUCUGGAAGGCUGCGAGUCUCUGAUCCCCGCCCUGAAAACCAUCAUCGAUAAAUCCUCUGAGAACGGAGUGGAGAACGUCAUCAUGGGCAUGCCUCACAGAGGUCGUCUGAACGUUCUGGCCAACGUGAUCCGGAAAGAGCUGGAACAGAUUUUCUGCCAGUUUGACUCCAAACUGGAGGCCGCUGAUGAGGGCUCAGGCGAUGUGAAGUACCACCUGGGGAUGUACCAUCGCCGCAUCAACAGAGUGACGGACAGGAACAUCACCCUGUCCCUGGUGGCUAACCCCUCCCACCUGGAGGCCGUGGACCCCGUGGUGCAGGGCAAGACCAAGGCCGAGCAGUUCUACUGCGGAGACAGCGACGGCAAGAGGGUGAUGUCCAUCCUGCUUCACGGUGAUGCAGCGUUUGCAGGUCAAGGCAUCGUCUACGAAACCUUCCACCUGUCUGACCUGCCGUCCUACACCACGCACGGCACCGUGCACGUGGUUGUCAACAACCAGAUCGGUUUCACCACGGACCCCCGCAUGGCGCGCUCGUCCCCGUACCCCACCGACGUGGCUCGCGUCGUCAACGCGCCCAUCUUCCACGUCAACGCCGACGACCCCGAGGCCGUCAUGUACGUCUGCAACGUGGCCGCCGAGUGGAGGGCCACCUUCCACAAGGACGUGGUGGUCGACCUGGUGUGUUACCGUCGGAUGGGCCAUAAUGAGAUGGACGAGCCGAUGUUCACUCAGCCUCUGAUGUACAAGCAGAUCAAGAAGCAGAAGGGAGUUCUGCUGAAGUACGCCGAGAAGCUGAUCGCAGAGGGAGCCGUCAGCCGCCAGGAGUAUGAGGAGGAGAUCGCGAAGUACGACAAGAUCUGUGAGGAGGCGUACGCUCGCUCCAAAGACGAGAAGAUCCUGCACAUCAAGCACUGGCUGGACUCCCCCUGGCCCGGUUUCUUCACUCUGGACGGUCAGCCCAAGUCCAUGAGCUGCCCGUCCACCGGCCUGACCGAGGAGAACCUCACACACAUCGGAGGGAUCGCCUCCUCCGUCCCUGUGGAGGACUUCACCAUCCACGGAGGCCUCAGCAGGAUCCUGAAGGGCCGGGCUGACAUGGUGAAGAAGCGCACGGUGGACUGGGCUCUGGGCGAGUACAUGGCCUUUGGCUCGCUGCUGAAGGAGGGCAUCCACGUGCGCCUGUCGGGUCAGGAUGUGGAGCGAGGGACGUUCAGUCAUCGUCAUCACGUCCUCCACGACCAGAACGUGGACAAGAGGACCUGCAUUCCCAUGAACCACCUCUCUCCUGACCAGGCGCCUUACACCGUCUGCAACAGCUCCCUGUCCGAGUACGGAGUGCUGGGGUUCGAGCUGGGCUUCGCCAUGGCGAGCCCCAACGCCCUGGUGCUGUGGGAGGCUCAGUUCGGAGACUUCCACAACACGGCUCAGUGCAUCAUCGACCAGUUCAUCUGCCCCGGACAGGCCAAGUGGGUCAGACAGAACGGCAUCGUGCUGCUGCUGCCGCACGGCAUGGAGGGCAUGGGUCCGGAACAUUCUUCAGCCCGUCCAGAGAGAUUCCUGCAGAUGUGUAACGACGACCCUGACGUCAUGCCUACCAUCACUGAGGACUUUGCGGUGCGUCAGCUGUAUGACUGUAACUGGAUCGUGGUGAACUGCUCGUCUCCUGCAAACUACUUCCAUGUGAUCAGACGCCAGAUCCUCGCUCCCUUCAGGAAGCCUCUGAUAGUUUUCACUCCCAAGUCUCUGCUGCGCCACCCAGAGGCCAGAUCGAGCUUCGACGAGAUGCUGCCUGGAACUCACUUCCAGAGGGUGAUCUUGGAGGACGGCGUGGCGGCGGAGCGUCCUGAGGAGGUGAAGCGUCUGAUCUUCUGCACGGGGAAGGUUUACUACGAGCUGACCAAAGAGAGGAAGAACCGCGGCAUGGAGGGCACGGUCGCCAUCGCCCGCAUGGAGCAGCUGUCUCCGUUCCCGUUCGACCUGGUGAAGGCGGAGUCGGAGCGCUACGCCAACGCCGACCUGGUCUGGUGUCAGGAGGAGCACAAGAACCAGGGUUACUACGACUACGUCAAGCCCCGCAUCAGGACCACCAUCCAGAGAGCCAAGCCUGUCUGGUACGCUGGUCGUGAUCCGGCGGCGGCUCCGGCGACAGGAAACAAAAACACUCACCUGGUGGAGGUGCGGCGCUUCCUGGACACCGCCUUCGGCCUGGACGCUUUCAAAGACCAGCAGUAGUCACAUGACCCCCCCCCAUAACCCCCCCACCCUGACCUCUGACCCCUGACCUCUGACCCGACACUCACCCCGUUUAGUCUGUGUACUACACACUGAUACUACACACACUCUGUGUACUGACACUGCAGAUGCUGUGUACAACACCUGGUCAAUACCACACACACUGUGCAGUACCCACUAAACUCCGUGUGUGUGUGUGUGUGUGUGUGUGUGUGUGUGUGUGUGUGUGUGUGUUCUGUCAGUGGGAUUCAGUCUCCUGUCUGUGGAUCUGAUUGGUCGAUCUCAUAACCAAAAGCACAACCUUUCACCCUGUGAGCCCCGCCCCCUUUUACAGCCACUGAGCCUGAGGUCAGAGGUCACAGUGGGAGGGACACACACACACACACACACACACACACACAGGUCAGUCAGGUGUUCCAGAGCAGAUUGUGUCAUAGCAGAGCUCCUCCUCCUCCUCCUCCUCCUCCUCCUCCUCCUCCUCGUCGCGGCUGCAACGGUUUCCCGCCUUUUUAUCCUUUUAGCUUCGUUUUUUUUUUUUUUUUUAACUGCUGGUUAGCAUGUUAGCAUGUUAGCGUUCCCCAUUGAAAGCGAUUGGGCGGCUAGAGACGGAUCAGAGAAAGUGUGAAGGUGGAGGUGUGUGUGUGUGUGUGUGUGUGUGUGUGUGUGUGCGAGGCGUGCUGCUCGUUAAGGAGGCAUGUGUCAUGUGUUGCCAUGGGAACGCUUUUCACCCAGUGAGAUUUGGACAGGAUGCUGAAAACGGUGGAUGUGUGUGUGUGUGUGUGCGCGUGCGUGUGUGUGUGUGUGUGUGUGUGUGUGUGUGUGACCAUAAACUGAACCAAAUGCACUGCUGAUUGUGAACUGCGUCUCUUCAUCUCCUCUCCUGUUUUUUUUUUUGUUGUUGUUUUUCUCUCUCUGAGCUUUUCUCCGUGCCAAAAUGGAUUCGAGCGUUUAGUUUCUGUCCGAGCAGCAAAAAGUUAGAAAUCUAGACGUCACACACACACACACAAACAAACAAACAAAAAAACAAACACAACAGAACAGAAGAAGAAAUCACCCGGGGUUUUUGUUUGGGCUUCUGUGAGGAAAAGCAAAUGAUUUAUUUAUUUUCAUAAUAGGGGAUUGAGAUUCUCUCCAUUGUAUUAUUUUGCUUCAUUCAAUAAAGAAUAUCUACUGAGCUGCA